GGUGGCCAAAACAACACAAAACUCGAGAAACGAGUUGCCAUCUUGGAGUUCCAAUUUCGACAACUUCUUGGAGGGAACGCCAUGCAAUCUCGCCGUUCUUGCUCUGACUGGCUGGCUGAUGGUUUUCUCACCAGUCGCAAUUACAUAGUUGACCCAGACGGCCUCCGCGGUGUCCCUGAUUUCCAAGUGUGGUGUGACAUGGCGGUGUCGCCACCUAUCGCGGUGUUUCAUCACGACCAAGAGGAUAGAACGCUGAUCAACGGGUUUGAAGAGCCAGGCAAAUAUCACCUAAAAGUAUCCUACGCUAUUUCGAGGCAGCAGAUGAAGGCACUGAUGAAGAUGUCGGGACCCUGUAGCCAGCAUGUAAAAUAUGAAUGUCAUGGAGCACUAAUUCGUAAUGAAGACAGCAAUACAGCAUACAGUUGGUGGUUUGCAGACGGACAGGAAGUCAAAUCCUAUUGGCCAGGUGGAAAUGCGCAAGUCGGUGGCUGCGCGUGUUAUAAAACAAAGAGUUGCAGUGGAGGCAAAAAGUGUAACUGCAACGUGAACGACAAUGCUUGGCGGGAAGAUAGCGGUGACGUCACAGACAAGGAAGCACUUCCGGUUACUGGCUUUAGGCUGGGUGAUAGUGGCGGUGGUACCGAAAAGGCGUACAUAACUAUCGGGCCAUUAAAGUGCCAAAAUUGAAACAAUGUGCAGACAAAAGAACCAUCUGUGUCUAAUCCUUACGCUGGCAGCUUGAGUGCAGAUAAAUUCAAGUAAUAAAAUUACAUACUUUGAUAUAUAACCCCUUUUGCGAUAUAACCUACCCUCCAUUACUGCAAAAAACUGUCACUUCUAAUGUAUUGAGUAAAAUGAUGCAGACAAUCAUGAUAACCAAUGUUUUAUUCAAGUGCUUGAGGGAAUUGUUGCAGAAUUUUUGCUGAUUGUACAAGUAAUGAAUGUGCUAACCAUACUAGUAGUAAAAAACGAAGUCACACUUUAGGGUUCCCAUUGUACACGGAUAGUUAUAUUACUCAGUAUAUCAUAGGUCUAGGAGGAUUUUCUAAAUCCAGGUAGAAUCAAAUACAACCGACUUGUCCGUUUUGUCAAGUAAUCGGAUUUUAUUAAAGUCAUGUUUAAUUAAGUAAUAUUAGUCAGGAAUAUACGUUUUGAACUAUUUUACAGGGAUGGAAUACUAUUUUAAUAAAUCCUCAAUAAGAAAAGCAAAAAUAGUACUGUUUU